UUAAAUAGUGUAGUUGGAAAUAUCAACUGUCUACUCUAUCAGGUUGUAUUAGAGAUUUAGGGAUUUUUAAAUUUUAAUUUGUAGCAAAGACUUGCAAUUCCUUUGUACGAUAAAAAUCAUGAUAUGAAUUUUAGACAAAGACAGCCGAUUACAACAUUCUUACAACUAUUCUUCCCAUCUCUGCUUGUCCUAGCUGUUGUGGUGAUGAAGUUUUUAAUUCCUCCAAGUGAGUUUGAAACUUGUCAGUUUAGAGCCAGACAUAAUCCUAGUUCAGGACCAUUACCAAUGUUACAAUCCUUUCUUUGCAACUUAAAGAACAACUGCGGUAAGAUGAAGGAUUUUGAGGACAAUCCCUCCUACCCUGGUUCAAAGCUUGAUGAUAUUGUGGAACAUAUUGAACCAAUUCUUUACAAUGAUACUGUUCAAGAAUUCAGCAUAAAACUACCAGGAACUCUGAGGUUUAUAAACAGCACAGCUUUUGCUCUCAAUGACACCAUCAUCAUGAACAAGUAUGUACCAAAUGAGACUCUUGUUAAAGACAUAUUCUAUGACCCAGACUUAAUUCGAAGUGUGUUGACAAACUCAACAUUUGAUAAUGAAACUGCUGAAAUUUUCCUGGAAGCAUCUAUCAAAAUGGGGAUGGUAUCUGGAGAUUUAGCAUCUUUUGGCGUUCCUCUUGAAAUUUUACAGUGCUCUAGCUUUUCUAUCUCAAUGUUUCUCCCAAAAGCCAAACCAUCUUUGGUGAAAAGUAUGAAGAACGUUUGUCAGCAAAAGGACUUUCUUGAGAUGCUUCAAACUCAUUUGAACUAUAAUUAUCUGGGGGAAUACCUGGACAAAAAUAUAGAUUCAAACCUUUCCUCUUCUGCUGCAAUGAAUCCUUUGAUAUCAGCAAUUUCGAUGAUGCAAGAAAUCAGUUCAAUUUUUACACCUUCAAGAAGGAAAAGACAAGCGGAAGUUUUGCCGGAUAUGUCAAAUGUUCUGAAUGAUCUAUCUCAAAUGAUUGAAGGUCUAACUGAUUUCUAUAAUGACCCAAAUGUUCAAUGCCUUCUUAGCAACACUACAAUACAACCUGACACUCUUAUGGACAAAAUCUCUCAUUGCAAUGCUACACAAUUUAUAACUCCUGUUUAUGAAAUCUUGAAAUCUAAAUUUCCAAUUUGGAAGAAUGUUUCUAGUCUGUUAAAUAGUGAUUCUAGCAUUGCAAAAUAUGAGAAACUAAAACAAUUUGAUCUUGAUGUUAAUAGAUUGAUCUAUCUAAUGAAAUCUAAUAAAAAAAUCGACACUGGUAUACUAAGAUUCAGUCGGAUCCAAAAACGACAGAUUGGGGAAAUUGAAGAAUUGGUUAAUGAUCUCAACUUGACAAUGAUUAUUGAAAACUUGGAGAACUGGAGGAAAGACGAGUUUAACUCAAUGGAUUGGAUGAACAAGGCUCAGGAACGUAUUGAGAACAUUAUAAUGCAAUUAUCAAAUAUAGCAUCAAGUUUAGAAUCUGUUCCUGUCUCUAUGAUGCAAGAUCAUCUCUCUGAUCCGGAAGUGCUACAAUUACUUAUUUCCAGCAGUGGACAACUACUCCUGUCAUCUGUUACAUCUGUAAUCAACGAGACUGGAUACUUCCUACAAAAUACUGAUAUAUGGGAGAAUUACACAAGUAUUCUUCAACAAUUAGAAAGUAGUAAUCUGUUCAUGACACCUAAUGAUACAUUUUUCUACAACAUCAUUACAAACUGGACAUCUGUACAGAACUCUGUUUUUGGAAUAAAUCUGUCCAAUGAUGAAAAACAAGAUCUGUACUACCAACCUGUAUCUUUGGAUAUUUUACAGCUUGCUGCAUUAAAGUUAAGACAAGUAUUUAAUUAUUGCAAUGGGACUCUAUUGAACAGAUAUCUCAAACUUAACUCCAACCCUCUCCCAAUAGGAAUAUCAAUAGAAAGUAUGGCAACCCAACUCUGUUCCUCAUCUACAAUCCUGCCAACAAUACUUCAAAAUAUCAGGAUACAGGACCUUAAAGAUCUAGCAACUGUGUCAAAUGCACUAAAUCCUGAAAACCUAGCAUCUGCUGGAAAUAUGACGUUGGAUCAAUUUAAAGAAAUACAAGAAAAUUGGAUUGAAAUGUCAAAGAUCUAUGGCAACAUUACACAAUCCUUUGAAAACUUGCUCGGAAAACUAAACAUCCCUGAUAUAAAAGAAAAGCUUAACAUAACUGAAAUCACCAGCCAUUGCUAGUAAUUUUAUGUGCGGAGAUGAUCUGA